AUGAAACAGUCAGGUGUUGGUAUAUUCAGCUCCACGAACAAUCCCACGUCUGACAGUCAGGAUGUGCAACACAAUGCUGUGAGGGUUGAAGGCAGAAAAGAAUUUGUUUUAGCCUUCGAAACUAAUGGACCUGUAGCUAUGAUCUGCUUUCAGUCCAAGUAUAUAUUUCUCCCAAUUUGGGAUUUUAAUUGUAAUGAAGAAAAUCGACAGGAAUUACGCCUGACGACUUCCUAUUUGUUUAACUUAAUGUCACUUCUUACUACUGUUUAUAAUCAAAUGGGUUUCAUAUUUCUGUUUCUCAUGUCAACUUAA